AUGACUAUUCAAUUAUCUCGGUUAUUUCGGUUCAGUCCUGUAAGCAAAACCAUCACGGCAGCUGCGGAGCAAGAUAAGUCACUGGUUUUCUUUGUUACUGAUGAGGGCGAACUGAGCAACAAAUGGGAAAAUGACUACCUUAAGAACCAUGAGAUCCUCCGCCUACUCGAAAAGAGCUCAAUAAUCAUACGCCUUGAAGAAGAGUCCCCCGAAGCAGCAGUUCUCUGCGCUUUUUGUCCAGAGGAAAAGGCGCCCUACAUAUCGAUCGUCAAAAAUGGUGAAGUUCUCGCAAAUAUUCCCCACACGAUCAGCACCCAGUCUCAAUUCACCGCCGCCAUCCGUGCUGCUUUCCCGUCAGCCACCCCUCCAGUCAACCCCAAUACCCCUGCUGCCCUCUUCGCCGAGCGCAAAGCCCGACUUGAUGCGCAACAGGGCGCCCGCAAUGCCCAAGAGCAAAAAGAGCGGCUCGAACGUCUAGCCCGGGACAAAGCCCGCCGCGAGGCAGAGACGCCAGCCCGUAAAAAGUAUCUCGCGGAGCAAAAGAAGCUCCGUGAGGAUGAGAUCGCAGAGAAACGGCGGAUCUUGAUGUUGGUUGAAAACGACAAGAUAGAGCGCCGGGAGAGGGAGAAGCGUAAGGUGCAUGGGCCGGCACCGGCUCCAGUGCGUGAGAAAGAGGAAAAGAAGCCGGUGGCGAGUGGAGAGACGUUGAUGACUUUUCGACUAUUGAACGGGACCAUGUUGAAGAAUACAUUCCCGAGUGAGAGUAAAUUGGCCGAUGUCAGGAAAUGGUUGGAUAAGAAUCGAGGUGAUCCUCAAGUUCCGUACAACUUCCAGCAGAUAGCGCCCCUUAUGUUACUGUCGGCGUCUGAUGAAGACUUGUCGCUGGCAGAGCUUGGGUUCUCUCAUGGUACUACUUUGGUGCUUACCAAUAAGACCCAGGGUGGUAUGCCUAUAAACGUAGGCGAAUGGAAUCCUGAGUGGGCGGAAUAG